CCGGCGCCCCUUCCCCAGUCUCAUCGGCGUGAAGACCCAUCGAGGCUUGGGCUGGUUCCUUGCUUAGCCCGUGGGUUAUAAUUCUCUCCUCUUCAGGUUCUUCCUCUCCGACACCCAAACCCUAGCCCCCUCCAGACCUCGGCUCCUUCCCACCUCCGCCGCCACAGCGAAAGGAUGGAGGUCGAGAGGGCCGAGACCGCCGCCGCGGCAGGGGGUUCCUCCGCUGAGAUGGCGGUGGACAACGCCGCGGGGCCGGCCGCCGUGGAGAAGCCGCGGUUCGAUGCUCUGAUGCCUAGCGAGAUGAGCGGUGGGAGGCCCCAGUUCCGGAAGGUGCCCGUGCCGCAGCACCGCUUCGCGCCGCUCAAGCGCUGCUGGAUGGAGAUCUACACACCAGUCUAUGAGCACAUGAAGGUCGACAUCCGCAUGAACAUCAAGGCAAGAAGGGUGGAACUCAAAACAAGAAAAGACACACCAGAUGUGAGCAACCUUCAGAAAUGUGCGGACUUUGUGCAUGCUUUUAUGCUUGGAUUUGACAUUGCCGAUGCUGUCGCCCUGCUGCGUCUUGAUGAUCUUUAUGUGGAUUCCUUUGAGAUCAAGGAUGUGAAAACCCUUCGAGGGGAGCACCUGUCACGUGCUAUUGGCCGCCUAUCAGGGAAAGGGGGCAAGACCAAGUAUGCCAUUGAGAACUCUACCAGGACCCGAAUCGUUAUUGCUGAUACAAAGAUCCAUAUACUGGGAUCCUUUGUUAACAUCAAGGUUGCUCGGGAUUCACUUUGCAGCCUCAUCUUGGGUUCUCCUGCUGGCAAAGUGUAUUCUAAGCUUAGGGCUGUAUCUGCUAGGUUGGCGGAAAGGUAUUGAGUUUAAUGGGUAUUGCCGCAACAUGUAUGGUUGCAGUUUUGAUCACAUAAUAUGUUGUCAUAGCUAGUUCGUGUGUGCUGGGGGCUGGGGCUAUUUAUUUGUAUCCUUCUGGAGAGCAAACUGUAUUACGUCAAGAGAUUUGAUAUGCCUUGUGUACUGUUGCACCUGUCCAUCAGCUUAUAUUGCUGAAACACGAGCUGUUACUGCACGGGGAUUAGGAACUGCAUGGCAUGGUAGUCUUGUUACUGUGUAGAUGUGCCAUUUGUCAAGUUGCGCUACCUUUUGUACUGGUGUAAAUGCUGCAUCGACUUCCUUGCUGGGUGCCUGUCUGAACAUGGUUAUUUUUCUUUAUUAUAGAGUUUACAUUUGCUGGUU